CUUAGACAAACCCCUUCCUGUCUGUCGCUAUGGCAGAAGAUGAUGUAGGAGAGAUGGCUGCGCAGGGCUUGAGUCGCUCAUUGCCGCUUGUAGUGGUUCUCGGAGCUACGGGGACCGGAAAGUCUAAAUUGGCUGUGCAGCUUGGGCGGACACUUGGUGGGGAAAUAAUCAGCGCAGACUCCAUGCAGGUCUACAAGGGACUGGACAUUAUCACUAAUAAGGUCAGUGCAGAGGAGCAGAAACUGUGUACACACCACAUGAUCAGUUUUGUGGAUCCUUUGGUCGCCAGUUACACAGUUGUAGACUUUCGAAACAAAGCCGUGACUCUGAUUGAAGAUAUUUUCUCAAGAAACAAAAUUCCAAUUGUUGUGGGAGGAACAAAUUACUAUAUUGAGUCUUUGCUUUGGAAAAUUUUAUUGAAUACGGUAACAAGAGAUGGAAUAAAAAGUUCCAUAAACAGCAAUGAAAAUACACAGACAGAAGGUAAUAGGAAAGAAGAACUUGAGAAAUUAGACAGCCACGAACUCCACUUGCGUCUCAAGCAUGUGGACCCAGAGAUGGCAUCAAAGCUUCAUCCAAAUGACAAACGUAAAAUUGCCAGGAGCCUGCAGGUGUAUGAGGAAUCUGGCAUCCCCCACACUGAACAUUUAAGGCGUCAGCAGGAAGAAAAUGGAGGGGGACCUCUUGGUGGAGCCUUGAGGUACCAGAAUCCCUGCAUUUUAUGGCUUCAUGCUAAUCAGGAAGAUUUAAAUUCUCGCCUAAAUGCCAGAGUAGAUGAGAUGCUGAAACUUGGGUUGAUCGAGGAGCUACAGGACUUUCACAAGCAUUACAAUGAGAAGCUCAUAACUCAAUCCAGGCAGGAUUACCAGCAUGGCAUCUUUCAAUCAAUUGGUUUCAAGGAGUUUCAUGAAUACCUAAUAAGUGAGAAAAGUGAUUCAAGUGCAAAGGAGGUCCUGCUUCAGAAAGGUAUUGAGAGUCUGAAGCAAAGAACACAGAAAUAUGCAAAGAAACAAAAUCAAUGGGUUCAGAACAGAUUCCUUAAGCGCCCAGGACCUAAUGUGCCCCGUGUGUACCGCUUAGACGUGACUGAUGUCUCUGCUUGGGACCAGUGUGUUCUGUCACCUGCUCUGCAGAUUGUCAACAGUUUUCUACAGGGAGAAGAUCCAGCGAUAGAGCCUCUGCUUCUUGACUGUGAUGAAACUGUGAAUAAGCGAAGUAGUCGCAUAUGUGAUCUGUGCAGUAGAGUCAUAAUUGGUGAUCGGGAAUGGGCAGCUCACAUCAAGUCUAAAUCUCAUCUUAAUAAUGCAAAAAAGAAGAGGAAAUUAGAAGGUCAGUGUGAUCUUGGAAACACCCAAGUGAAAAAGCGAUUGUGCACCCAGGAUUCAAAGAGUGUGAAAGAAAAUGAAGAUGAAGAAGAAGCAGCAUAAGAGUUGUCAGGUAACUCGUGAAGAGGAUUCAUGUGAUCAGUUUGGGAUUUACUUGGUAAGGGUUAAAAAAGAUGCUGGCUAUGUUAAAAGUAAUGUUGAUUAUUUUGAAUGGAGAAAUACUUGGUAAUAAAGGCUUUCUGGGAUGACGAAAUCACAAGUAAAGAUUGGUUGCACGCUCCCACAGACCUUGGAAGAUCUUGGACUGAGAAAGGAAUCCUUCAAAUAGAAAAAAAGAGGGGGAUCCCCAGUAGCUACUGGGGAGAGCUUUAGAUGUAGAGAACCUGGCAGUGGUGUAACUACAUACAAGUAGAGGGACUUGAGGGAGUGGAGGGCUGGCAUGGGCCCAGGAGGCACAUUCCUAACCCACCCUUGUCCCAUGCCGAGAAGGGAAACACACAGGGAUCGUGGAUCACGACUUAAGGUGGCCAUACACGGGCUGAUCAUAGCUGCCGAUAUUGGUCCCUUAGACCGAUUUGGCAGCUUAUCGGCCCCUGUAGGUGCACAAAUUAUGGGCCUGCCCGACCAACAUCUGGCCUGAAAUCAGCCAGAUAUCGAUUGGGCAGGUUAAAAAGUUUAGUCGGAUCGGGGACCGCAUUGGCUCGUUGAUGCGGCCCCCGAACUGAUUGCGCCAAUUACCGGCGUUCUAAUUCGAACCGAAUUAGCCUGAAUUCACCCGAUAUCGCCCACCCGUAGGUGGGGAUAUUGGGAGAAGAUCCGCUUGCUUGGCAACCUCGCCAGGCCAGCUGAUCUUAACUUGUAUGGCCACCUUUUGUCCUGGACCACCCCCCAAGCACAUUAAGGGUGGUUAGGGCAAGGAAAGACAAAUGAUUUUUGCUGUUGUCCUGGAAUGGUGAUGUGAAUUCCCUGAUUCUGGUUGCAUUGCAAUUUCAGUAUCUGUGAAAAACAGGCCAUCCUCUAAAUUUGGUGGGACCUGAAGAUUUUGUUGUGGGGGAAUCUUUUUGCACAUGGAACAUCUGUGUGGUUGUGUCCCAGUCAACUAUAGGUUUGCCGGCAAAGAAAAAACACUUAAAUAAAAUAUACUCAGAGAAAGGAAUAUGCAUAGUAUUUUUUCAGGAGAGACAAAUUUAUUUUUAUAUGUGUUAUAUUUAUUUCAGAUUUUAAUAAAUUCUGUGCUUUUACUUAGCUG